AUUCUAUGUAGUAACUGAAUAGUAGAGAUUAAUUAACAAAAGAAUAAAUAUUUUUUAAAUUAGUUAUUGGAUACAAUUUUCGACAUAAGUAAUAUUUAGUUUUCAAUUAGAAGAAGAUUUCAACCUUUCUAAUUGUAUAAAAGAAUAACCUAAAAUAAAGUUAUGUAGCGUUUUCUAUUUGAAGUAUUUAUCAGUUAAAAUAAAAUUAUCAUUAAAUUAUGUUUCACCAAUCUAGUUGUAUUAAAAAAUUAAGUGGUGUCAAUCUAAAGUAUACAUCAAUUUUCAAAAAUAGGAAUGUUAAAUAUAUUAGUUUGGGGAUUCCAAACCUCAGCAAAGAGGCAGAAACACGUAAUUCAAUAAAUAUAGCUCAAGAAAGUAAACAUUUAAAUCUCAAACCAUUAAGUGAUUUACACAAAACUGUUAAUUUUCAAAACAUUACAAGUGAUGAAGGACAUUUAUUGCUACUUGCGUGUGGUGCAUCAACAUUCAAAUCAUCCCAAAAUGAAAGAAACAUAGUGUGUCAGAAUUUAUAUGCAAAUCUUGAAAAGUACAAUAAAUUGGAUCUUAGAAUUUACAAUAGUUACAUUAAAAUAUGCACAGAAAAUAGAACUUUAAUUAAUUGUGAAACAUUUUUGGAUAAUCUGAAAUGUGAACCUUCUCAAGAAACACUCAAGUUGCUUUUUCAAAAUGUGUGUGAAAGUGGUGAUGUAAAUCAAGCUUUUAAUAUUUUAGAGCUAAUGAAAAAUAAGGCAAUAGCCAUAGAUGAGUCUGUCUUCAAUGAUUUGGUAUUAGUACAUACUUUAAAUGGGGGAAUAAAAGCAGCUGAAAUAGUUUUAGAAACUAUGAAAACAGCACAUAUUCUAGAAACACCAGAAACAUAUUUUGCCAUUCUUAAGGGAAUUAUCCAAACUAAAAAUCACAAUGAAUUGAAUAGAUUUUUAAAAGAAUAUUCCAUUACCUUGAAUGAAAGUAAACUACUUGUUGUAUUGAAAGAAUUGGGCUUAAACCAGUCCAUAAAUUGGUUACCACAGAUAAAACCUUUGUUUAGUGAUUUGAUUAUAACAAGGGAACUUAUAAAUAAUAUAAAAAAUAUUUGUAUACAUUUGGUACACAUGGGUCAGUCAGACUCAGCACUUAAAAUAUUCAAUUAUUUCCAACAAGAGCCAGAGGAAAACAGUGGCUUGUUCAUAUUAGAAGAAAUGUUAAGUUCGGGAGAGGAUUUUAGCAAAAUUAUUGAUGCUGUAAACUCUUUCCGCAACGAUGAUUUGAAUGAAUAUAUUUGUGAAAAACUAACAGAAAUUGCUUUGAAACGGGGAUAUUUUGAUAUAUCUUGUAAACUAUUUGAACAUUUAAAAGAGAUAAGACCUCACUUUUUUUGGCCAUUAUUUCUAAAUGCCUAUAAGACCGAAGGCGAAACAGGAAUAUUCAAAGUUAUAGAACUAGCCAAUAAAUUGAAUGUUCAUUUAGAUUCGGACUCCUUUGAAUAUUAUAUAGUUCCUUACUGCAGUCGAGAUGAUUUAAUUUAUCUAAUGGAGAAAUUUAAAAAAAUGGGAUUCACAGUAAAAUUUACAAUGGGCCCGUUGUUGCGUGUGUUAUUAAAAGAAGAAAAAAUAAACGAAGCAGCAAAACUAUGUGAACAUUUUGAUGUACAUAUUGGAGGCGACAGAUUGUUUAAAUUAAUUUGUUCUGUUUGGAAAAGAACAAAAAAUCGAAAUUUAGUUAGUAUAUUGAAAAAAAUUCAUGAGUAUAAUAAAACUGGAGGAGAUUUAUUGGGAGACUUUCUUGUUAGCUCUAUCAAAUUUUGUAAAUAUAAACAGGAUUUUCAGGAUGUCUUAGGACUUUUGCAGGAUAUUAAUAAAAACACGCUAAAAAUAACCAUUACAUCGGCAGAUGCUUUACGAGAAAUUAUACAUAAACAAGAAAAUGUAGACAAGGAGUUAUGUGAAGAAAUUUUGGAUCAAAUUGAUCAGAUUCUGGAAUUCAAAUUGAAAAUAGAAAGUGAUUAUAUUCCACAUCCCCGUGAUAUGAAAGUUGAUGAAUUAGAAUGUCAUCUGGUAGAAUUAAUGGAAAAAGGUUUGGAAACCAGAGGAACUCUCAGACGAUUAAUUCAGAUGCAUGUUAAUUUAGGAAAUAUUAGUAGAGUAAAGGAACUUAGAAAACAAUUCAUAGAUUCUGGAUAUGAAGAAAGUCUUGGGAUGAAGUCGUCAUUAUUAUAUAGUUUUAUUAAAAAUGACAAUCUUGAAUCAGCACUAAACGUCUAUGAAGAAAUUAGAACAAUUGAUCCAAAAUUCCAUAUUGAUCAUUUCAAAUUAAUAGAUAUGGCAGCACUAUUAGUUAGAAAUGGAAGGUGCUCAGAAGCUCUGAAUUUAAUAGAAAAUAUUAAAAUCAGGCUAGGAUUUCUCACAGAAUCUAUACAAAGAAAUUGUGUAGAACUAUUAAAUGAGUACAAAGAUGAAAAUGAGCAGAUGUCAAUGUUCAACAUAUUAAUUAGUAAAGGCUUGUGUAAAAUCAACAAUAUUAUGCUUGGACCAUUAAUUAAGAUAUUCCUAGUGAGGGGAGAUUUAGAAAAUGCUUUAAACAGGUAUUGUGCUAUAGCUGAACAAUAUAAAUUCGUACCUCUACAAUUUGAAAUAAUUAGAGAUAUAGCUAAAUCACAGAAUGAAGAAUAUCUGCAAAGAGUCUUAGAUACUACAACAAAGGUACGUGGUCCAAUUUCAACUCAAGUCAUAUUGAUAGCAGUAUUUGCCGAACUUGGAAAGGAGAGUAUUUUGCAGAAACUAUUUGCGACAACAAAGAUCCCCAUCCAAAAUGAUUUGAAAAAAAGGUGUGAAAGGUGGAUCAAAGAAGGAAAAUCGGACGCAUUAUUGACUCUAGCAAAUAGUUGUGAUAGAUUAUCAACAGAAAUAAUUGAUAUCAAUUUUGUUUAUCAGUGUAUAAUCAAAACGUUUGUUCUCAAUAACGAUUGUGUUGGUGCUGUUAAAUUUUAUGAGCAAUUAGUAGACAAAGAUGUACACAUAGACAGAAAACUAGAAAAUGAUUUGUACCUAUUGUUAAAACAACAUAAAUGUUCACUGCCGGUUGGUUUAAGACAUCAUAACAAAGGACGUUGAAGAAAGAUAUAUAUAGAUAUUUUCAUAUCCUGUUGGGAUUUUUAUUUUUUUAUCGGUGAGUACGAAAUGUAUGCUACAAAUAAUUUUUCUAGAAUCAAAACCAUUUGCUUUGUAUUAAUUAAAAUUUAAGUAGUAUAUUAUACAAAGGUACCCAUAGGUGUUCAGGAAUGCAUUUGCUACAAUUUUUAUUAAUCACUGAUUUGCUACAUACUUUAACAACCUGUUAGGAUUUUGAGCAGCAUUCAUUGACGAUUUUUUGGAAUUUACCACGACUCAUUUCCCAAUCUUUACUUUGUUUUAAGUAUUGCUUUAUAAAGAGUGGUAUUUUCUGAUGAAUAUUUUUAUUUUGUGUUGAUUAGACAGUAAAUCUUUCGAAAUGUAGUUUUGUUCCUUAUUGUAGUUAUGUGUAUUGCUUCAGUUGGAGGUUUAUAAAUACAUCCCAAAAGGCUAUCUAAAUUACUAGUUUUGUUGGAAAAGUUUUUAAAGUCUCAUCUUUUAUGUCUAAUGAGAAAUUUAUUUUUCCAGACCUUCACAAAUUAUUCCUAGAUCAACCUAACAAACAUUGUCAUGAAGAAUACAGAGCAUUUUUCAGUUUUCCAAUUGCUUAGAGAAGUACUUGAAGAAUCUGUAGUUGAAUGUGAGGAAAAUUAAUUCCAAUAACUUAACUAUAAAUCUAGUCCCUUAUUAAAUAUAAUAAAAGAUUGGCAUUUU